AUGGCUACACAAACAAAAAUCGCAAAGACUCCAUCAAAGAACAUUGAGGAAUUCCUCCAACGACAUCCCCAAGUCCGCACAGGCGCCGCAGCAAAAGCCGAACUAGACCAUCUUCACGAGCACGGCGACACAUUCUGCGUCAUAAACAAACUCUAUGACAAUGCCAUUCUUCACAAAGACUACGAUCCCGACUCUCUAAAACUCAUCUUCGCUUUCGCUUACGUCAACGAUGAGCAGGCAAUGGCCAAUUAUAUAGAAGACGCUGGAGAAGAUGAUAGCGUCUUGUGCGAUUGUGAGGUUGGGAGGGAGGAGGGUCCGGAUCAUCAUCUUCAUGAGUUUGUGAGGGCUACGGAACCGGAUUGUAAGGCUCAUAAGGGGAAUGGUGAGCCUGAUCCGGGGUGUUCGGAUUGUUGGCCUUUGUAUUGUGGGAGUAAUUGUCGUGGAGUGCCAGGAUUUGAUUGA